CAUUGACUUGGGCGUUUCCAAUACAUAUAGCAAUAAAUAUAUGUCUUCCACCUCUGAUAAUUUUUAGAACCAGAAAACACCUCUUCUUUCUCUUCUUCUCUCUUCAAAAACAAAACCAAUAUUCCUCAAACAAAACACACAGAGUAGCUAUAAGGACCGAGAGAGAUCGUAGAGAGAUGGGGAGGGCUCCAUGUUGUGACAAAGCAAACGUCAAGAGAGGUCCAUGGUCUCCUGAAGAAGAUGCAAAGCUUAAAGAUUACAUAGAGAAACAAGGCACUGGUGGCAACUGGAUUGCUCUCCCUCACAAAGCUGGUUUAAGGAGAUGUGGGAAGAGUUGUAGACUGAGGUGGUUAAACUAUUUGAGGCCAAACAUAAGACAUGGAGAUUUCUCCGAGGAAGAAGACAAGAUUAUCUGCAGCCUCUUUGCCUCCAUUGGAAGCAGGUGGUCAGUAAUUGCAGCUCACCUGCAUGGUAGAACUGAUAAUGACAUCAAGAACUAUUGGAACACUAAGCUCAAGAAGAAGCUCAUUGCCACUAUGGCUCCUCCACCACCUCAUCAUCUCUUAGCCAUUGCCUCAUCAUCAUCAUCACCAUCAUCAUCACACUACAACAUGACCAAUAGUCUUCCUCCGUAUAACCCAUCAAUAUCUACAAAUCAGCUGAUCACACCUCAUCAGGAGAUGAUGAUGACAAUGAUGGACCAACAACAACAACAACUAUUAUACCAAGAAGCCAUGGACAGUUUGGUAAAUUCUCCAAAUAACAACAAGCUUAUAAUGAGCCAUCAUGAAGACAGCCAGGAGCAAAGUACAAACAAAGGAAUAAUGUUGUUGAGUGAUGUAAGAAGUGGGUCAAGUACACCAAGUACAGUAACAAGAGUGAAGAUGGAACAACAUGAUCAUCAUCAUGAAGAGAGAUCAAUGGAAGAUUAUGGAAUGGAGGAUAUCAAUCACUUGAUAAGUAGUAGUUGUACGAGUAGUAGUAGCAACAGCUUGUGGUUUGAUGAAAACAAGACAGAGGAUACGUUCAUGUUGUACUAUUGAUGUCUCUUACCAACAUUGACUCACUUCCUCUCUUUUCUCUUAAAAACUAAAAAUAAAUUAUUGA